GAAAUCGGAAAUCUGGAAAACGCCCUCCAUGCAUCAAUAUGUUCGAGUUUGCAAGCUUACACUUGAGAUAUCACUUGAAACCUGGUGUCUAUUGGCAAUGUCCCAUGAUAGAAACCAUCAACGAGUCUAGAAACGCUUUGGUAUUCCUGUCCCACAUGACCUUUGCUCGUACAGGAGAGAAGGAAUUAGUGUCCCAAAGAAUCAAUGCCAAUGGUUGGAGAACAUGCACAAACAAAUGCUAUUCUACGAUUUCACUUCGUUUCAAGAGCCUCAACCAGAUAGUCGCAUCUUUCUCCAUGGGUUUUAACAAUGACCUCCACCACUUCACAAAGUGAAAAGCCAGAAAACUUACAUCGAGAAGAGUACACCAUUUUGGCGUUGAUUCUGGUUGCAUUUGUGAUUCUCGUUUGGUUAGCCGGUACCUCGGUCAUUCCCACCCUUCAUUGAUCAAUAGUUGGACAAAAAUUAAAAACAAAAUGGGUCUUUUCAAACGUAUCCCAAUUCAUCUGGCUAUUACCGUGGGCCUAUGUUUCACCUUGAAGCUCCCAGAUGCAGAUGCAAGUCAAAUCCAUACGGACACGUCAGACCCUUCCAAGUUCUUGAAAUGUGCGCAACAAUAUUGCUUAUCCAAGAACUACAGCAAACUCUAUGAGCCCUUUGACUCCGCGGGUAAAGUGGAUGUCUCUGUUGACUUGGAUGUGCUUCAAAUCUUGGAGGUGGAUGACAUCAAGUUCACGGUGAGCUUCUCUAUGUAUUUUGGGGUGAGGUGGCAAGAACCUCGGCUUCUAAGUCCAGCUGCUCAGGAGGGAGACAACCCCUAUGUGGCCAUUGACUUGGGAAUGAUUGACUUCUUAUGGGUCCCAGACGUCUACAUCUAUCACUUGAAAACCAUCCAAGUCUUGAAUAUCUUCACCCAAUUCGCAGGCUUGUGGAUUGUGAAUCGGACCGGAAUCUUGUACUCCCAAGAGACGCAUGUGACCUUCUGGUGUCCGAUGAGAUUCGAGAGGUACCCUCUGGAUUACCAGACUUGCCAAUUCAAGGUUGGUUCCUACGCCUAUGAUGAGAACAAGAUGACGUUUGCAGCCAAUCUUUUGCAAUACGAUGACUCCUUGCGGAACACCAUCCUGGAUUAUGGAGUGGAUCUCCUUCCAUUGGCAGAAGAGGACAGCUUGUACGUUUUCCAAGACAUUGGAAACUAUUCACUGACUGGCUUCGAAAUGAGAUUGAAGCGUAACACUCUCAAGUAUUUGGUCAACUACUAUCUUCCCUCAGGAUUAUUCGUCUUUGUCUCGUGGGUAAGCUUCUUGAUCCCACCUGAGAUUGUGCCUGGUCGAAUGACAUUGCUGGUUACUCUAUUCCUCGUGUUGAUCAACAUCUUCAACAACAUUACCAGCAACUCGCCCAAUGUGGAGGGUUUGACCUCGAUUUCAGCCUGGGUUAUCACCUGUAUUCUCUUUGUGUUUGGAGCCUUGGCAGGUUAUGCAGGGCUUCUAUUCAAGAAAAACCGCUUAGCGAAGGUGGAUCAUGAGAAUAAUCGAAUCCCCAAGAUAGGCAACUGGCAUGGAAAUCUCUUGGCUCACGUGGAUGCUAAUUUUCUAAUUGGAUUUCCGUUCGCAUUCCUCGUUUUCAAUUGCAUCUACUGGCCUUACUGUUUGUCAUAAGCGUGUAAACAAAUUCGGCAUCAUUCAUUGCGGAAAACAAGUAGUCUACUGUUCUGCGGGAUGGAGCAAUGAACCCCCGGAAGAAUUCUUGUCCAUAAGUUCAUUAAAUAUUGUCAUCUCUAUGGUAAUCACUAAUAACAGGUGUUAGCCUCUG